AUAAGAUAUAAUGUUCUCACUGACAAGCACGACUAAUCAGCAGGGUCGUGCCUCUACUUCUACGACAUUGCACCUCCCUAAAAACUAGAGCGGGUUAUACACCUACUCACUGUAGAAGGUUUGCACUUGGUGGGAAAGAGCUUCCUAGCCCAUGGUAAUGAACCCUCUGUAGCACAAUGCGGUCUUCUAGCUCAUCGUCUUCAUAAUGAACCUUAACAUAUUCUACAUCAAUAUUCGGCUUCUUCAGCUCCGGCAACUCUCUUUCUUUUACAAACUACCUGAAACAUCUUAUAAGACAUAUUGAAACCCCGCCAAUUUGCAUUCUGCCACGCCCCCCUUCGCUCUUAGUCGGUUCGACAUUCACUUCUGCCUCACCAGUCAUGAGGGCCUCUCAAUCUAAGGAUUCCGAAGGACAUUCGAGGCCAGAUGGGCAUCAAUUGUAUGACCGUCCGAUGUCGCAAGGGGCUCAUGAUAACGACACAUCGACUUCAGACAACAUAGACGUUACCGCCCGUGCGCGGGAAGAGGCGACUUGUCACCGUGAUGGGAUCUGCGAAGGCAAGAAAGCUGCUGAGGAAUAUCAUACUGCUCUAAGAUAUACAAGCGGACAAGCAUCGACCACCUCUGACGCUGGACCUUCGAAUAUCUUCGAAAGUAUCAUUGAGCAUGGCCCGAAUAUUCUUGAAGAUGAUAAGGGUGGAGUUGAAAGCGAGCAUGAGACAAUCGAUGCUGAGACAUUUACGAGGUCUAAUACAUUCACACCCAGAUACGGAGAGCAGCCGUUGGAUAGUAUUCAAUCAAAUACUAGAAAGCGGACGAGACAAAGUCCACAUGUGGGCCGAUAUUACCAUCGGAAGCCCCUUGAACAGGACGCGCAUAUCGAUUCGUACUUUUCUACCUUUCCUGGUAUGACUUCUCCAGGCUCAGUUUCAGCCGAUGUCGCACUUGUGAGAAACAUUCCUCGCAUGCAAGGCGCAGGAGCAGGCAUGAUGGCAGUGAAAUGCAUCGCAACCGGAACACGGAUCAUGACAGAGGCCCCGGUUUUCACAUACGGCAUACCUCCAACCGGACUGACGAAGAGCAACCAGUCGAUAUGGAUAGAUAGAUUUGAACAUGAGCUUACGAGCGAGUGGAAAUUGUUUUCUCACUUAUACAAUGCUUUUCCAAACAUGGGUAGGAAGUAUGGGACUUUUCAUACCAACUCCCUGCCCCUAGGCACGAAGUCCGAUGAUCCUUGGGGUAUGUUUCCUGCCUUCGCACGUCUCAACCACAGCUGCCAAGCCAAUGCUUUCCAAUAUUGGAACACGGAGCGGCAAGUAUACACCCUUCACGCAGUCCGUGACAUCGAUGCGGGUGAAGAGAUAACGAUUAGCUAUGAUAAUGCUCUCAAAAUCCGCCAAGACCGGCGAAGAAGAUUAUGGGGCGCGGCAAGAUUCCAGUGCACUUGUCCAAAAUGCGAUACCCACCCUGAUGAGUUCUCGUUGAGCGAUGAGCAGAUCAUUUCUAUCAAUACUAUCUUCGAAACAGUCAUGCGUCAUCUGGAUGGUCUUCCCAGUCCCCCUUCGGGAGAGAUGAGUAAGUAUUACACAUCUGCGGAGUGCCUUCGACUUCUCUUCAUAGCCCAUGAAAUCAUUGCAAAGGAGGGACUCGAUGGCCUUCCCCUCUUGAAGGCUUCUGAACUCUCAAUGCUUGUGGCAAGAAAAAGCAAGGACCCUGCCAGGACCAGAAAGUUCGCGGAGCGACAAGCAACCAUAUGGCUGAUCCUGACGGGCGACGAUAGCAGCGACUUCAAACUUUACAAGUCAAUUGCCAAGAAUCCAAGGAAGCACUUCAAGUUCGGGCUGCGCGGCUUUUUCAAAAGCAGUCGGCCUCCGCCGAAUAUCAAAAGUAGUCAAUCGGAUAGGUGGUUGUUUCGAAAGCUGGGUUGAUUGGACUGUGCACGGGCGUCCACAUUCGCUGCAUAUUCAUGGAUAGGCAUUUGCCAGAGGCAUGACAUUCUUAUAUCUUGCAUCGACGCGCUGUCUUGCUACCUCGUGCCUAAAUGGUCUUUCUUUAUAGUGCCCUCAAAAAUUGCAACUAAUGAUAUCUGUGUGUGAAACAUAUGUUGAAGACGAGCCAGAACAAGAAGUUCCGUAGUCGUAAAGACUGUGAUUGAGCACGAACUAUGCAGCCUGCCGUCAGCUGUCACCUCACCGCCUGGUCACAAGUCCUGGCAAGCGCCCAUUUGCAGCCUUACAUUGUAGAGGCAUUGUAACGAAUAAAGAGCCGCCUGACAAUGCAGGAAUAGUAGUAGCUGGUGUCCGACAUAGGUAACUUUAGAGCGACUUGACGUGAUGACAAGGUAAGCAGAGUGACAGU